AUGCUUUCCCCAUUACCUCCACGUCCUCCCCCACCACCGCCAGUAUCUCCUUCGCCACUGCUAAAGCGAGCCAUUCCAGUCCCUGUAGACCAAUUUGUAAACCAACAAACUCCAACUUCAGGAAAAACAGAUCCUGACUCUGAGCACUCAAGAGAAGUUAGAAAAUCAAUCCUACGACAGCCUCAUCCUCGAAGGACAAAUCCAUUGAUAUGGUGUUGUGCAAUCCUGUGUCUGAUAUUUAGCCUUAUCCUUAUCUUGUUCGGCGUAGCAACUUUAAUCAUCUACCUCUCCAUAAAACCAAGAAUUCCUGCGUUUGACACUCCUAAAGCAAGCCUCAAUGGUAUCUACUUCGAUUCACCUGAAUAUUUCAAUGGUGAUUUCAUCAUCCUGGCAAACUUUUCCAACCCCAAUCGGAGAAUUGACGUAAGAUUUGAGUAUCUGGUUAUAGAGCUCUACUUUCAUGACAGGCUCAUUUCAACUCAAGCUGUUCAACGUUUCUCUCAGAGAAGAGGAGAAGCUAGACUAGAAGCUGUUCAUUUUAUAUCUAGCUUAGUCUACUUGCCGCAGAAUCUUGGUGCGGAACUACAGAAGCAGGUUUCGAGCAACAGGGUUAACUACAACAUAAGAGGGACUUUCAAAGUGAGAGCCAAUCUGGGUUUGAUCCAUUUUUCUUAUUGGUUGCAUAGCAGAUGUGAGUUACUGAUGUCUAGUCCACCAACAGGUGUUUUAGUUUCACAUAGUUGCAAGACAAAAAGAUAA